AAUCGGGGAGUGUUUUUUUAAGUUGAUCCUUUUUUAGUAUUACACAGUUAUAAGUUUUUUAUAUCGAUAACUCACAGACUUUUCGGUCCAAAUACAAAACAAUAAAUUCGUGUAAAUAUUUCUGGCAAGAUAUAAAAUGGAUUUCACAAAAACAUCCAGCAUUGAGGAAACCGAGAAUACAGAGAAUACGGGUCACGCAAAGAACUUGCACGAAAAUGUUUCCAAAUUUUAUGAAACCAUAGGAAAUAUUUCAAGAAAUUUGCGCAAGGAUGAUUGGGCGUACUUGCAACGCCAUCCUGAGAUUCGAGCCAUAAUUCGGGUGAUUAUAUCAGAGGCGAUCAAAGCAAAGCCAUCGAAUAUAUAUCAUUUCACCGCCAAUUUAUUUGAUUGCGAAAAUGACGAGAUAAUGGUAGAAAAGAUAAACAAGCAACUAAUGUGGGUCAACGAGCAGUUGAGAGGUGGAACCUGGACUCCUGCUGAUGGGAAAAUUCCGUUUCCCGAGUCUAGCGAUACAUCUUCAGAAAAUAGUUGCAACAAUAAUUUCGAUAAUACACAAAAAUUUAACGUUCCCGAAAGACCAGUUUGUCCUGAAAGUUAUAAGCCUAAUUGCAAAAAAUAAUGAUCCAUUUAUUUGUUAUUUUGGUUUUAUAUCCAAAAAAUUUUAAGUAAAUCAAUUAAACAAUUUC